UAUUGUGAUUUGUGGUUAACUUUUUAUGAAUUAAUGAAUUUAAAGUUAAAUUACAAUGUGAAAUGCUUUAAAAGCGUUUUAGUGUUAAUUUUGAUAAACAAUUGUUAUCCUGGAAAGUCAUAUAACCAGAGAAAUCUAAAGAUUUCUCGUGAAAAUGGAUGAAAAAGAAGAGUUGCAUCUAACCUCACAGGAAUUACAAGUUUUAUCAGAACUUGACAGUCGUCAAUUCGGUUUCCUGAAACUUCGUGGCAGUGAACAUAGCAGAACACGUGCUCUGGUUCUCAAAGCUGUCAAGUACUUGGAAGGCAUGUUGGUGCAAGUCAAGGAGGAGGAGAGGGCGUGUUCUCCGGGUGCCAGAAGAGACAUAUGCAUCGACCCUAAGACUUAUUGUAAACUGGGGCACUUUCAUUUAUUACUUGAAGACUAUGCGAAAGCAAUGUCAGCUUACCAAAAAUUCUACGCCCUGGAACAAGACAACUGGAAAGAUCCACUUUUCUUGUAUGGACUGGGUCUCUGCUACUAUCACUACAAUGCAUUUGAUUGGGCGACGAAGGCAUUGCAGAUGGCUCUGUACGUGUCCCCUGGGUUCUCCCGGGCGGCCGACGCGCACCUUCGCCUGGCGCUGAUGUUCAAGGCGCGGAGACACUGGGGCGCCGCGGCCGUGCACUUCAGGCGAGCGAGACUGGCUCCACACCAAGAUGCCACCUUCACCCGCUUGGAGCUCAGCUUCCACGCCGCGCAUCUGCUCGAAGCCAGAGGCCUGAGGAAAGCGGCGAGGGACGCUUACGAAAGACUCCUGAAGGAACCUCAGCUGUCGUCCAUGCUGAAAGCUGACGUCUGCCGGCAGCUGGGGUGGCUGUAUCACCGCUGCGUGUCCCUGGGCGAGCCCGCAGCGCGCGCUCGCGCCGCGAUCUGGUGCCUGCAGAGAGCCGUGGUGGCCGAGCCGGAGUCAGGAGCAGGACUGUACCUCCUGGGCAGAUGCUUCGCGGCGCAGGGCAAGGUUCACGACGCGUUCAUCGCUUACAGGAACUCCGUGGAGAAGUCGGAAGGCAACGCUGACACUUGGUGCUCGAUUGGGGUGCUAUACCAACAACAGAAUCAGCCGAUGGACGCCUUACAAGCGUACAUCUGCGCGGUGCAGCUGGACAAGGGCCACUCCGCCGCGUGGACCAACCUCGGCAGUCUGUACGAGAGUUGCUCCAUGGCGCGGGACGCCUUCGCGUGCUACAACAACGGCGGGCCGCGCGCCACGCUCGCCAACGCGCCGCUACGCCAACGACUCGCCUUCCUGCGAGCGCAUUUGGCACACGCACCUAUGCCUUCAGUCACUGGCAAACGGCGUCCACUGCCAUCUAUCGAGGAGGCAUGGAACUUGCCCAUUUCCGCGGAGAUGUCCUCCCGCGCACCCAAGGCCGCGCCGCCGCCGUACCCGGGCGCGGGGGCCGCGGCGGCCGCGGGCGGCGCGCUCGUGAAGCGCGAGGAGCCCGCGUCGCUCACCCCCCAGCAGCUGCAGACCUUGCAGUACUUGCAGAGGAACUCGCACAACCUAUCGCCGCAGCAACAAGCGUUGAUGCAGCAGCUUCUGUCACAGUAUCGUCUAUCGCAAGCAGCGAGAGCGCGAGCGGUAGCGAAAAGCGAAAGCAGUACGAGCGGCGACAGUGCCGAGUCGCUGGCCGAAGAUUUGUUGAAGAAGUUCUCUGAUAGUCAACAACCUGAUAUCAAGAAGGAGCCAGUUAUGAAAAGUCCACAAAGCAGCAGCAACGAGGCGAUGCUGGGCGGGCGCCAGCCCGUGGUGAAGCUGGAGCCGCUCAAGACCGACCCCGGCAAGCCCGUGGCCUUCCACAUCGGCAUGACGGCCAAGCAGGUGCUCGACGCGUGCAAGGAUGGCGCCGGGCCGCCGUCCGCCUGGUCCGUGCUGGGAGACGCGCGCGCGCCGCCUGAGCCGCCCGGCGUGCCGCCGCCGCGCCUGUCACCCGAGCAACUGGCACCCUCUGCGCCCUUCGUGUACGUCGAGUCCAAGCGCGACGCCUUCUCGCCGCAGCUGCAGGACUUCUGCCUCAAGCACCCCAUCGCCGUGGUGCGUGGCCUCACCGCCGCGCUCAAGCUGGACCUGGGCCUGUUCUCCACCAAGACGCUGGUGGAGGCGUGGCCCGACCACGCCGUGGAGGUGCGCACCCAGCUCAUGCAGUCGGCCGACGAGAACUGGGAUGCGAGCGGGCGGCGCCGCGUGUGGGCCUGCGCCUCGCACCGCUCGCACACCACGGUGCGCAAGUACGCGCAGUACCAGGCCGGCUCGUUCCAGGAGUCGCUGCGCGAGGAGCGUGAGCGCGGCGCGGCGCCGGCCGCGGGCGCGCUGUCCGACUCGGACGGGCGCGAGUCGGGUCCCGCCAAGCGCCGCCGCUCGGCGCGCAUGCUGCGCUUCGGUACCAACGUGGACCUGUCGGACGAGCGCAAGUGGAAGCCGCAGCUGGCUGAGCUGCAGAAGCUGCCUGCCUUCGCGCGCGUGGCGUCGGCCGCCAACAUGCUGUCGCACGUGGGCCACGUGAUCCUCGGCAUGAACACGGUGCAGCUGUACAUGAAGGUGCCGGGCAGCCGCACGCCCGGCCACCAGGAGAACAACAACUUCUGCUCCGUCAACAUCAACAUCGGGCCCGGCGACUGCGAGUGGUUCGGCGUGCCCGACGCCUACUGGGGCGGCGUGCGCGAGCUUUGCGACCGCCACGGCCUGUCGUACCUGCACGGCAGCUGGUGGCCCGACCCAGCCGAGCUGCGCGCGCACGGCGUGCCCGUGUACCGCUUCACGCAGCGGCCCGGCGACCUGGUGUGGGUGAACGCGGGCUGCGUGCAUUGGGUGCAGGCCACGGGCUGGUGCAACAACAUCGCGUGGAACGUGGGCCCGCUUACGGCGCGCCAGUACGCGCUGGCGCUGGAGCGCUACGAGUGGAACAAGGUGCAGAACUUCAAGUCCAUCGUGCCCAUGGUGCACCUGACGUGGAACCUGGCGCGCAACAUCCGCGUGUCCGACCCCGCGCUGCACCGCGCCAUGCGCACGUGCCUACUGCAGACGCUGCGCGCCGCCGCCGGCACACUGGCCGCCGUGCGUGCGCGUGGCGUGCCUGUGCGCUUCCACGGGCGCGCGCGCGGCGAGGCGUCGCACUACUGCGGCGCGUGCGAGCGCGAGGUGUGGCACGCGCUGCUGGUGCGCGAGCACGAGCGGCGCCACGUGGUGCACUGCCUGGCGUGCGCGCGGCGCGCCGAGCCCGCGCUGGCCGGCUUCCUGUGCCUGGAGGAGCACCACGUGGAGGAGUUGGCGCAGGUGUUCGACGCAUUCGUGCUGCACCGGCCCGCGCCGCCGCCGCACGCGCCGCCCGCGCUGGCCGCACCGCCCGCGCUGGUCGCGCCGCCCGCGCACACGCCCGACUGAGCCGCGCGCGCGCCGCCGGGGUUGCGCUUUCCGUUCUCCUCGAUCUGGGCCGAGGUCGACGAGUGGGACUGACGGUCCGUGUGACGACGUACCUGUAUUUAUUUUGUGUGAGAGUUGUAUGAUUUAUUUUGUUGUACGAGCGAGAUGCUCCUUCGUUUAUCGGAUCGUUCGCUUCGCACGGGUUGGUCGCGCCGCAGGCGAAGGGCCGCUAGGGUUCGAUUUGUCGCUUGAUUUGUAUUAAAGUGUUAGUCGCCAGCUAGUAUUCUGUAACUUUUGGUGUGAAAUUCACAUUUUUGACCAAAUGUUAAAAACGUAAAAAGUGACUUAAAUCGCUUUCUAUUUUUAAUACACUGCGUGUAAGUAUAAAAUUGUACGAUACGAAUAUUUUCGUGAUAAGAGUAAUUUUGUAAUUCGAAAACUUUUACAGUUUACACUCUCCUCGAUCACUUUUGUAAUUGUGAGAGAUAUUGAUAAAAGCGAAGUCAAUUUUUCGGCGACGAUGGCCGACGGUAGCGAAGUUUAAAAUAGUAUUGGCGGCCGCCUCCAAUAUUUAGUGGAAUAGAUUUGUAGUAUUUAGCUAAGGAAGUACGCGUCGGGGGAUGUUGGAAGGUCGGCUCGCCUCGGUCUCAAGUGCUCAGGUGUUCACCGCAAUAGAUGUGUUAUUUUUUUAAAGAAGUAUAUUUAUUUAUUUUUCUCAUACUGCGACUAGUUUCAUUUUUUGAGUUUAGUAUUACGAUAAAUCUUCAUAGCGAAUAGUAGUCGGUAAGUGUAAGGCACGGAAUGAGGCUCUGCGUUUUAGGAGGGUCUGGUGAACAGUGCUGCUUUGUCCCAAAGAAUGUUUACGUGCAGGCUGCUCGCUGCUGACGAGGCGCGUCGCCGCUUCUUUAGUUCGCGACUGGGAUCCUACUGUCGAAAUGUAUUUAUUGGAAUGUAGACUCGAUUAAAUUAAAUGGUGUUCUUAAGCUGCAGAUAAACUACUGUGUUGAUGUGUGUCGUGUUUUGACGCGGCGAUCUAAAUCUUGGCGAACGCUCUCACCACACUCACACACUGACGAUAUUUAUCGUGAUUCAUAUCGCGAUCCAUAUUCAUAGAUCAUGGACAAUCCUAGACGAUUCCUAUCGUGAUUCUUCGAUAUUGUAAAAAUGUGAUCACAAUCCAAAACUGAAUAUUGCGAGCUUCAAAAGAAGCUCGCAAUGGUGAACCAUAGGCCGCAUCACCACUUACUAUUUGGUGUGAUUGCGGUCAAGCGCAUGCCUUUAUACCUAUUUUAGCUUUUAAAUUAAUUAGGUUCAGAUCCCAACCUCGUCGCCAAGUGAUAUCUCGGUACAUAAUAAAUGAAAACCCGAACAUCUCCGUAGCUAGUAUAUUACUGGCUUACUGACCUAAUGCGAAUGCAUUAUAUGUAUGUACAUCAGCUGUGCAACCUUGCAACCACACCACCAGUAGUUUAUCUGCACCUUAACAUAAUUGGAUUGUAAUGGAAUUAGAAGUAAUUUUUCGGCUCCGUAUUAAAUUAAGCAUGAGUUAGGCAAUGUUAGGCAGGGGUCGGCAGUUGGCGCCGCUCUGGUCACCAGGUCGUUGGUUAUUUCUGAAGUUUUAUUGAUGUUGUGAGAUUUCAAUGUUGGCUGUAUUUACGGCGGUGUUACACAUGCCUGUGGCUCGCACAAAAGGAUGUUAGAUACUGGCAAGUGCGAGCUGUUAUCAUGUGUAAUAAUGCAUACAUUUUGAGACCUUACUCGCCGUUUUAGCUCUAUGUGUGUGUCUCAACUGUCAUGUCAAAAUUAUGAUUUUAGUCCUUAAUUUAAAAGUGAACCCACAGUGAACCGUACUUUUGACAUGACAGUUGACAGCUAAAAUGGCGAGUAAGAUCUCAAAUUACAUGCACUAUAAAGAGGUUUUGCGCUAGAAAUCCGUAUGCUAGUACUUAGCGUGCUAAUCCCCCAGUGAGAAAGCGGCUAGGGGGAAUUGUCCAAUCGCACUUCACAAAGUGUUUUUAAAAACUGGCAUGACAACUGCAUAAUAUUAUGGUUUUAAUAAAGCAUCUGUAUGCUUAGUAUGAGAUUUUACGCCUUGCCAACGUUGAUAGAAUUCGAGCGUCGAAACAAAAUAACAUCACAGUAAAAUGAAGCUAAAGGUUCUUGAUAAGUAUAAAACAAAAAUUUAAUACCACCGAUUUUAAUAUCGCAAGGUUUCCGUUUGGGCUGAGAGACGAAUUUGAGUUAAAAUGAGGCAUUUAAGAUUUAUUUUAAUUUAACGCUAAAGUGUUUACAUGCUCGGACUCUACGAACGGUUGUGUCUGGUGAGAUGCAAAAUCUCAUACUAACCCCACUGGUAUGCCGGCUUGCCAGUGCCUGGUAUUCUGGCUUGCCAGCGCAGCAUCUGGUACUUCGGCUUGCCAGCGUCUGGCAUUCCGGCUUGCCAGCGUCUGGCAUUCCGGCUUGCCAGUGCCAGUUAUGCCAUCUGCUGGCAUGUGUAGCACCGCCAUUACUGUAUUAUGUUUCUGGUGUCGAGGGUCGGCGCCGGAGUCAUGUGGAGUGUUGGACGUGUAUAGUGAAUAUUGUAAUUUGUAAGUAAUAAUAACAUCACUGCCAUUUACGACCUUACUGUUUAUACUGUAACGUAAAUUUUUUAUUAAAGAUAUAAAAUACGAAA